UGUCACGCGGUCCCGUGCCGGUCGCCUCGCUCGGCGGAGGCGGCACAUAAGCCCCGGCGGGGCCCGCUGGAGCUGCCGGGUUCUGCUUCGGCGCGGCCUCCGGCUCUUUCCCGCAGGGCCAGCAUGCGGGGCCUGGUGGUCGCCGCUUUUCUGCUGCAGAGCAUCGCCGGUUCAGGCGCUCUCGCCACCGGCAGGAGAAAUGUGGACCCCGAAACGAACAUGAACAUCAGCCAAAUUAUUACCUUCCGGGGAUACCCUAGUGAAGAGUAUGAAGUGACAACAGAAGAUGGUUAUAUCCUUUCCAUUAACAGAAUUCCUUAUGGAAGAAAAGGCCGUGAGAGCAGCAAAGGUCCAAGGCCUGCUGUGUUUCUACAGCAUGGUUUGCUUGCAGAUGCCAGCAACUGGAUCGCAAACUUUGAAUACAACAGCCUUGGCUUUAUGCUGGCAGAUGCUGGCUAUGAUGUGUGGCUGGGCAACAGCAGAGGGAACACUUGGUCCAGGAAACAUACACACUUCACAGUGAAGCAAGAAGAAUUCUGGGUUUUCAGCUUUGAUGAAAUGGCUAAGUAUGACAUUCCAGCCUCCGUGGACUUUAUUUUGAAGAAGACGGGUCAGCAACAAGUAUUUUACGUUGGCCAUUCACAGGGCACCACAAUGGCUUUCAUUGCUUUUUCAACUUUGCCACAGCUGGCUAAGAAAAUCAAAAUGUUCUUUGCCUUGGCACCAGUAGCUACAGUCAAGUUUGCCACUAGUCCCCUGGCAAAAUUGAGAGUGUUUCCAGACCUCGCAUUCAAGAAAAUAUUUGGAAAUAAACAAUUCCUCCCUCAGAAUUUUGUGCUCAACUGGCUUGCUACCCAUGUUUGCACCCACAGAAUACUUGAUGAUCUUUGUGGCAACUUAUUCUUUCUUCUGUGUGGUUUUAACGAGAGAAACUUGAAUAUGAGCCGAGUGGAUGUAUAUUCAACACACUGCCCUGCGGGGACGUCUGUGCAAAACAUGAUCCACUGGAGUCAGGCUUUGAAGACUGGAGAAUUCCAGGCUUAUGACUGGGGAAGCAAGGCUGCAAAUAUGGCUCAUUACAACCAGUCUACUCCCCCUUUCUACAAAAUAAAGGAGAUGACUGUGCCGACCGCGGUGUGGACUGGUGGACAUGACUGGCUGGCAGACUCAAAGGAUGCUGCGAUGCUGCUCACUCAGAUCACAGACUUGGUUUACCACAAAAACAUUCCAGAAUGGGAACAUUUGGAUUUCAUCUACGGCAUUGAUGCACCUUACCGCUUGUAUAAUGAAAUAAUUAACAUGAUGGGGAAGUAUCUCUGAACCAGCAUGGUAUUUCACAGUAUUAAUUCACCUGGAAAUCAUAUGCUUUUCUGGCAAUAAUGUCACAUUACUUUUUUAUGAUGCAUUUUAAAAAUGCCAUCAAUGACUACUGAAUUGGAUUCACAUGUAGUUUGUUUAUUUUUUUUUUCAGUAUUAUUUCUCUCUCCCGCAGAAAUCCUCGUAGUAUCUGGCUGAUUUUGCACACAGUGGCAUGGUACUUGAAAAACAACAGUGUGACUUUGUGCAAAAGGAGUCUAUCGUGUGCAUAUAAAUUUAGUGAAGUGUCUGAAAGACACAUCAGUCCACUGAGCACCUGAGGUGCUUGAUGAUUAAAACCAUAAGUAUUUCACUGUGGAUACAACAGUGCCAUUUCUCAGUACGUUGCCAUUUCUGAGUACCUUUCAGAAGUACUCCCUGUACUGCAGUGACCCGUUGGGUACUGGUACCUUAAAAAGCACUUGGUGACUUUUUCUGCGUUAUUAUUUUAGCUAUCGCACACAAACUAGCUACUUUGGGUGACUUUCUUUCUCAAUAUUGCCUGAAAGAACCGCCAUGAGCCAGAGAAGAUCACCACUGUCAUCUGAAAUCUCCUCUUUUGAGACUGAUGCAUUGCUGCAUUUUUCUUGAUUUAAUGGUGUUCCUGAAGCCUUUCAUGUUUCACCUACCAGCUAUGGAUAAGGAUCAUUAUUUGUCCUUGCAGACUCCUGGAAGUAGAGAAAUGGUUAAAAGAAAUACCAUUAGGUAAUGGUUUUCAUGCAGAAUGAUGUAACAUACUUGUGUUUUGUUCUCUUUGCACUGACCACUAGAAAACAAGCUCCACCAGUGUACUACUGGUGAGGGAAGAACCAAAGCAUUAAUUCUAUAGCUUGAGUGACUUAAUUAAUGUGGAUUUUUCCCCUUAAUCAUCACUUCAGAAGAGCAAGAAGCUUGGUGUAAUAAGAAUGAGCAGUGAUGCAUAAUCUGUUUUUCAAAGCAGAUCUUAAUUAGUGCCUGUUCCACAGACUUCAUUUUAUGAUGGGUGUUUAUAGAUGAUGUUGAAGGAUGGUUGAAUAUCAGCUUGGAUAAUACACAAGUGUCUUAGUGUAAGAGAGUGCAUCAGACACCUUCUGCUAACUUAGUCUCAGCCUUUAGUAAUGUGAUCAAACUGUGCUGGAAAGCCAUGAGAAAGUAGUCAUACUCUGCUCAAUGCAGAGCAUUUUUUCACUGUUUAGUGAUUCUGUAACUAGUGAUAACACUGACAAAAAUUUACACAUCAAUUCAACCAACAUACAAGUGCCUCAGCACAGGAAGUGGUGGUAAAACAGAACUCCUACUCCCUUGGACCCUGUAAAAGAAACAGUUUUGUCAGAUCGGUAGCAAAAUAAACCAGUUUUCUGUAAAUUACUCUUUAUGGUGAAUGUGCUGUGCAAAUUAAAAAAAAAAAAAAAAGGAAACACGCUACUUUAAUAUCAAGAGAAGUUAUAAAUUAUUUUAGUCUGUAAGAUAUAUGAGGGAGACCUUGGAGGUUGAAUAGGUUUCCUGCUCUAUAAUAAAAUGUGGUUCUUGGUGGAAGAUUUUCCUACAAUUGUAGAAUUUAUAAUGUCUUUUCCAUUUCUUUGAUGUCUUAUAAAAUACAGAUUCCUGCUGUAGCAUUGCCCAUCAUGAGAAUGCUAACAAUGGCCUCUUCAGUAGCUUGCUUUCAAAUAACUAUAGGAACAAAAUCACUGAAAUCAUCAAUGAAGUAAAAAAUCAUGAAUGUUGGAUGGACAGUAGCCACACCUGUAAUUGUCUAAGUCUUAUUUUCUGAGGAUACUGAGCUGAAAAGUGUCUGUAUUGUAUUCUGACUCCUCCAGAAAUGAUGUAUGUGUGUAGUUGUAGAAGAUGCAAAUAAAUUUCUCACUACUGAAUUGCAAUUUCUGAACGAAAGAAUUUUAGGGUCUUUUCCUGAUGGUUAUUGUCUUGAAUUCUGAUCCUUAUAAAGUGAAGCUUGAGAAUUAAAAAUUUAAUCUGCUGUCGGCUUUCCAUCUGCAGCCAUUGUUACGAAUUCAUUAAAAAGACCCCUGAUUAA